AUGAUGGCAAAUUUUUGUAGAGAGAAUCCCGGUUUUGAUCUGAAGUUUGCUUGCAACUUCAAAGGCUGUUUAGACAAUCGUCCGCUGAGUAUGAUGGGCGCCAUUGAACAUCAGGCUUUUCACUUUUGUGAGACGUUCAAGACCCAGUCUCACUUUAACUUUAAAUGUGAUUUUUGUAAUGUAUACCACGUAAAUAAAAGCCAUCAUCGCCUUUGCCUUAAUGAUCCAACGGGCAACGGACAUAUUACUUAUUUGAGAUCUGUUUUCACUGUUCCAAUGUCUGACCAAGAAUAUCAUGACUGCGUCGACUUUAGUCGCUUUGCCAAUCAACAUAUGCUUGCAGUUACAAGCGAAGGUGUCCGUCUCAUUCCUGAUAAUCGUUGUCCUUCCAUGCCGCGCUACAGUUUCGAUUCAACAUUAGAACCACACUUUAAAAGUGAACCCACCAACAGCGCCCCUAAUUUCAACAACAAAAGGAGCAGCGUUAGUUACCGUGAUAUAGACAAUGACAACGGCGGAGGUGACAGUGACAGGUUUAAUCGCCAAGGAGGAAAUUUCGCGGAUAGGAAUCAAAGUGGACCUCGGGAAUAUCGUGGACGCGGUGGUCGAGGUGGCUUUCGCGGGCGAGGUGAUCGAGGAGGGUUUAGCCGUGGGCGUGGUAGAGGCGGUGGAUAUCGUGAUGCAGACGAUAAUAACAACUUUGGGGGACGUGAUGAAAUUCGUCGGGGUCGUGGCAGAGGAGGAGGUGGCGGUUUCCGUGAAGGCGCUAGUGAUUCCUUCCGCUCAAGAACGAAAGAUUCGAAAUUCCAAGGUGGUCGUUCAUACUCUCGUUCGCAUAGCCGUAGUCCUGUCACGGUGAAAAAACCUGAUAAAGGCUUCGAUUCAUCACGGCCCCGUUCAUACUCACGAUCCAGGAGUGAAAGUCCUCCAACUCUCAAGAAUAUAAAAACAGGUUCUAUGCGUGCUCGUUCCUAUUCUAGGUCGGGUAGUUGCAGUCCGCCGCCAGCGAAGAAGUCGCACACAGAUGCCACUUCAAAUCGAACACGGUCAUAUUCUCGCUCGUUGAGUGAAAGUCCACCUCCAAAGCGGAGCGAUUCUCCUGUUCGAGUAAAACGCCCAUCUGUAUCAUAUUCACGAAGUGAAAGUAGCAGCCGUAGCCCUUCUAGAAACGAUGAAAAUAACAAUCGUGGAGAAGAUAUUCAAGAGAAGAACGCUGUAGGUGUGGAGAGUGAUGAUCCCGAAGACUAUAUGAGCAAUGGGUACGGUUGUGGUCGCAUUUCAGCUAAAGGUCGUUCAAAUCCUGGUUUCAACUAUGGGAGUACAUGUACAGAGAACGAAGUUGGCGAGCUCAAACAGUGGUCUAACGAUUGUCCUGAUAAUUCUAGUGAGAGCCAGAGUGACACUGAUAGAAAUGUGGAACAUGUUGAAAAGAAUAGGCGGGAACGUUCUUACUCCAGAUCUCCUUCCACAUCUCCGUAA